AUGAAUUUUAUUCUGAUUAUUAUCUCCAAGGCUGUAUUCAUCUGACUACUUAGUCUGCACGGCAGCUAUAAUUGAGGAAUAAAUUCUAGCUACUUUUGUCUUCACUCCCUUUUGUGUUGAUUAGACGCGAAUAUUAGCUUUGGCUUAUCCACAAUAGUUAGCGAAGAUAAGGCUAAUUCACUUGAAUUUAAUUUUUCAAUUGUUCAAGAUUUAGCAGCAAAAAAAUUCUCAAAUUCAAAUUAUUCUCCACAAUUGUUGCUUGUCCCAAUACCUGCUUCAUCUUGCACUCAACGAUUCCUGAUAUCAUCUACUAAUCAAUUAUUUUAUUUUGAUGCAGACUCAAGCAUAAUAGAAAACCAAAAAUUUACACUUUAUGAUUAUUUUAAGUGGGUUUUAUCAAUAAAUCCACUUGCUUGAGAAAAAGCUUCAAAUUCUUAUAUAUCAAGGACAAAGAUUUUCUCAGAAAUUUUUAAUGCACCUUAUUUUUUAAUUGUGUUUUAUGCAUUUCUGAUUCUAUUUACUUGUAAAAUUCUAGAUUUAGCAAAUAGAGACGCCAAGCUCAAUUUUCAGCUAAUUACUAUAGCUGGUCUCAUAACACAAGUUUAUUGCAUAACCUGUGGUUCUGGCUCUUUCUCAUACCAAAACAUAUUAUGUUUGUCAUAUUGCCCUACAGGAUAUUUACAAAAUACAGGCACAAAUGCCUGCGAUUUAAACUUUCUUGUUACGCUUGAUGUGGUUUUAAGAAAUCAGAUUAUUCUUGAUAUAAUAGAUGGAAUUUCUGUAGGAAAUUCAAUUACUAAUACUUAUCCAACUUAUGAUGCAAACGAUCCUUAUCCAGCCAAAUGGAGUGGCUACUACUUUAGAUCUGAUAGCUAUUUAACAUCGCCUCUUAUGCUUUCUCCCUCAUAUUCAAUUGCUAUAUGGUUAAAGACUCUGGCGGCAGGAAUAGUUCUAGUUAAGCCUAUACCAACAUACCAAUGGGUUGUAGAAAUUUUGUCCUCAGGAUAUCCUAAGCUAUCCCUUCUUAUGUCAGAUUCAUCAACUAGGAUUUCAGUAACAGGAGGUUCUAAUGUUCUAAACGGAUGAUUCUUUGUUUCAUUUGACGGCUAUAUUAAUACUGACGGGACCACAACAAUAAGCUCUUAUAUUGAUGGAUCACUCUUACAAUCUUUUACAACGUCGACUGCAAUGUAUAUACAAGACAGUGUUUCAGGAAAUAUAUAUGUAGGGCACGACAGCUUAGGCUUUACAGGCUUUUUAUGGAAAUUGAAUAUUUAUAACUCAAAUGGCUGACACUUAAGCGAAUGGAGAACAGUAGGAUGCACAUCACCCUGCACAAAAUGCUCAAAUGACCUGAGUUGUCCAAGUGAUUGCCCAUUAAAUAAAUAUAUAUAUGGUUCAUCUUACUUAGACUGUAUGGCAAGCUGUGAUAAAGGAUGUGUAAGCUCAGGCACUUGCAGUUUAUGUAAGACUAAAGAAUGUGCUACAUGCACAGCAUUCAUAGGGACAGAUUCAUGUUUGACUUGCAUUACGAAUGCCGUUAGCGAUGGAAAUGGAGGAUGCACUUGCGAUACAUAUGCAUUUUUGGUAUCUUUAACUCAAUCAUGUGAAAAGUGCGAUGUGAUUUGUUCAAAUUGCUUAAAAACAGCUUAUUUUGAGUGCUCAACUUGUACAGGGAGCUAUCAAUUAGUUGGAAAUGUCUGUCUAAAUGGCUGUCCUUAUGGGUUUGGAGGGUCUUGUUUGCCUGCAACGACCCCUGUGAUAGAUGAGUCUUUCAAUGUAGAUUUUCAAGGCUCGUAUGGAGUUUUGACAGCAGGAGCCAGUUCAUCAUCUUUUCAGUUUUUUAACACUCCAGAAUCAGUUGACCCUAUUCCUGCCUAUAUGAGAGGCUUAUAUUUUGAUGGGAGUGCUUAUCUUUUAUCAUCUACAUCGGUACUCCUUUAUCAUAGUUUUUCUAUUGGAUUAUGGCUAUAUGUAACAGCGAGUGGCGAUAUAUUAGAAAAACAAACUCAGCUUAUUUUGUCAUCAUCAGGAAUUACAGCUAUUAUGGAAGAUCCUACUCAAGCUACGGCUUCUAAAACAUUGACUUUAGGCACAACGCUUGCUGAUUGGAAUUAUUUGUCAGUUACUUUUGAAUAUUUAUCUGGUAGUACAACUAUCACAAUCUAUGUCAACAAUGCUAUAGUUUCAACUCUACCUAUUUCAAAUUAUAUUUAUAGAGACCUUGCUUCCACAAACUUAAUGAUUGGCAAAAGCAGCUCGUCCGGGUUUAAAGGGUUUAUUAACUCUUUUCAGCUUUGAAAUGCACCAAUCAGCUCUUUUUCAAGCUAUAUUAAUGCUGUGUGUGGAUCAGGGCAUGCCUGCUUAUGGUCUUGCGAUUUGUCUCAUUAUUGAAGCGGAUCUUCUUAUUUAUCCUGCAAUUCCUGCAGCAAAGGAUGUGUUAGAACACUAAAUUGCAAUAUUUGUGAAGAUUCAUUAUGCUCAAUUUGUAGUGGUUUUGGAUCAGGAAAAUGCACCCAAUGUGUUUACAAUGCAAUUGGAACUCCAUGCACAUGCAUUGCAGGAUUUAUGACCUCUUCUGAUGGAUCUUCAUGUGUAGCAUGCUCAAGCAGGUGCUCUCAUUGCACAGAUACAGCUUAUAACAAAUGCAGCGCUUGCAAUAUAGGGUUUUACUUUUUUUCUCCAACUGGGCAAUGCUUAAAUGACUGCCCAUCUGGGUAUAACAAAGGGUCAAAUACUUGUGAUUAUUUGGUAGAUUAUGGAAUUAACCUUGAUUUAACUGAUAAUAUCCGUCUUAAUACUGUUUCUGGAUUUGAUGUAGGCUGGGACAUCGCCAAUACUUAUCCUAUGUGGACUGAUGCCAAUGAUCCAAUUCCUUCUUACAAACGAGGCUAUUAUUUUAAUGGAAACAGCUAUGUUGUGUCGUCAGUUAUGAUUGCACCAGCCUUUGCAAUUUCUAUAUGAGUGAAACCAAUUGUGGCUGGGAAUAUUUUGUCAAAACACCACCUUAACAGUCCUAUUCUUACAAUUUCUAUAGACACUUCAGGAUUAUAGCACGCCUUUUGAUAUAAAUUUUCAUUAGCUAUUUUCUAAAUAUCAUCUUGUUUAAAUUUUCCUAUUAUGAAAUCAUUUUUUUAAACAAAAUUCAUAAAUCCGAUCAAAAAGUGCAGAAAAAUAUUUGGAACGAAAUUUCCUGAAAGAAAAAGCCUGCAGCCCUCCAGGACAUCCAUCUUUAUUGAUAAUCCUUUCUGACUCCUCAUCAGCCACCUUAUCUACUUCUACUAGCACAUUUAACAGCUGACAUUUUUUAAGCUUUACAGGGCAAAUCCAAAGUAAUGGAAAAACGCUUUUAAAUCUCUAUAUUAAUACUGCACUUAUAAAUUCUUAUACAACAUCAACUUCAAUAUACUUUGAAGACGUCAACUUACUCCCCUCAGUGAGCGAAAAACAAUUUGGAAAAAUCCCUAUUUUUUGCCUAAAAAUCCACCUUCCGCGAGAAACAGAAUUUUGAUAUAUAAGUGAAUAAUUAAUAUAAUGAAAUCUCAAUCUAAUUCUGUUUAAUUAUAAACAAAUUGCAUUUUAAAACAUAAAUUUAACAAAUUAAUUAAUAUUUGCUUUCCAAUUAUGCGAAUCCGGAUUUUUUUAAAAAAAUUUACUAUAUAUUUAUAUAUAAUUUUUUUUUUGUUCGCUCAUAGAGGGGGGUAGUUAGGAGAGCUUUUUGUCGGAAAUAACCAACGACUAGGCUCUAUUGGGUUUGAAGGAUUUUUAUCUAGAGUCAUGAUAUAUAUAGGCAUAAUCUGUAAAUAGCCUGAUAUGGGUUGGGGAUAGAGGGCAAAACUUCCCAAUUGGUUCGGCCAAAAUGGAUUGGUCGAGCCAAGUAGAGCGAGGCUUAUUUGCCGCUUCCUACUUGGCCCAACUAGCUCAUUUUGGCCAAAACCAUUUUGAAGUUUCCGCCUCUAUUCCUAGCCCAUAUCGGGCUAUUUACAAGAUAUCCUAUAACUCUUAUAGCCGCCAGGCUGAUGACUAUAAAACUUCUUCAUGCAGCUCUGGGUGUUCUGCAUGUCCAUCAAAUUUUCAAUGCUUAAGUGAAUGCGCCUUUAAUUCAUAUCCAGAUAGCUGCAGUUCUUGCUUAUCAGGAUGUGAUAAAGGAUGUGUUGAUAAUUUAUCAUGCAGUCUUUGCAGAGAUAAAGAAUGUGAGGCUUGUGAUAGUUUUACAGAGGAAUGCACCAGUUGUAUUGCAAAUGCUGCUAAAGUAAGCGGACAUUGCAAAUGUGUUGCUGGAACUGGGUGGAUUUCGAGUUCAAAAACCUGCGAACUUUGUGAUCCUAUUUGUGAUAAUUGUUCUACAGUUCAAUUUGAUGGCUGCCUUACUUGUAUAUCAGGGUAUUAUCUUAUUCAAUCUUUAUGCAUGCCAUUUUGCCCUACUGGAUAUGUUAUAAAUGGCAGCAAUUGUGACAGAGCUCCUGGCUAUGCGAAUUUUUUAGUGUUUAAUCUGAUGCCUCAUCAAAUAAAAGACAUUGUGACAGAUUUAGCAUCAAGUAUUCCAGUCCUUACAGGCAAAGAUAAUAAUUUUUAUCCAAAUUAUGAUACAACAGACCCUAUAGCUACUAUUUAUAGAGGGUAUUAUUUUACUGGGUCAUCUUAUAUGCAGCUGCCCCACUACACAGAUACUUCAUCACCGUUGUUUACUUUUUCUCCAAAGUUUGUGAUGACAACCUGAAUAAAGCCAAUAUCAAGUACUGGGACUAUUUUUUCUAACUUCUCAAACAAAAAAUAUAUUUUUUAAUAGCAAAAGAUGCAUAAUCUAAAUUAUUUUUGAAGCAACUUUAUAGCACUUUUAAAAUAUUUUAUUUAUUGCUUUUUCAAUAUUUAAAUAUCUAUAAACCCGACAAAAAUACAAAAAUAUACUACAAAAUAUUUAUACGUUUAAAAGAAGAAAGGGCAAAUCAGCGGUGGGACAUUUAAAAAAUAUGUCAGUUUUGAGUUCACAGGAAAAAUGCCAUCACUAGCUUUGACCCUACAAGAUUCAACUACCAUAACCUACACAAGCUCCAAUCCACUAUUAGAAGUAACUCUUUUACAAUGGAAUUUUCUUUUCAUAAAGUCUAGUAUAAGUGGAACUACCCCUCAGCAAACCAUUAGCAUACAAACAAACUCAAAUUCAGAUUUUUCAAGCAGCUUGCCUUCCAGCUGAUUUAUUGAUUUACAAAAUUCGUUUUUAAUUACAAUUGGUGCUAGAUACCUAAAUGCUUCUGCAUUUUUUUCAUUUUUCAAAGGCUUCUUAUGGGAUCUUAAAAUAUAUAAUGAUAUUCCAUCAAGUGCUUUAGUGUCAAGUACUUGCAAUGCUUGUUCAUUAUGCCCAAUUGAUAAUGCUAAUACUUGUCUGGAUAGCUGCUUAAUAGACAGCUAUUGGAAUGGUAGCAGCUGCAUAACCUGCUUAACUGGAUGCUCAAGAAAAGGCUGUGUAAGAAAUGAUUUAAAUUGUAACCUUUGCCAGGAUGUCAUAUGUGAAAAAUGCGACGACUAUACAAGUACUUGCAAUAACUGCAAAACAAAUGCAAGUUUAAUAGGGACAAGCUGCCAAUGUAAUUCUGGGUAUUAUUGGAAUGAUAGUAAUGAAAAUUGUGAGCUAUGCGAUACAUCAUGCAAAUCCUGUACGUCUCCUAAUUGGUAUGACUGUUUGACGUGCUAUAGUGGAUAUUAUAUGAUUUUAGGAUUUUGCUCAUCAAGCUGUCCAUCAGGAUAUACUUCUUCAUCAGCAGGUGUGUGUAUAUUUUCUCAAGAAAAAAUAUUUGAUUUAAAUUUGAAUAUACUGUUUUUAAGUACUUAAAGCUUUAAUAAUUUUACAAUGAUAAUAUAAAAUGUUAGCAUUUAAUAAUAAUUUUUAAAUACGAAUUACCAAUAGUCGACUAAGCCUAUUGUUUAAAUGCACAGAAACUUUUAAAAAAGUAUACUCUGAAUGGAGUAGUUUAUGAUAAAGCUAGUUCAAUCCCAGUUGUAACUGGAUCCUAUCUUAAGUAUCGAUACUUGCCUAACGUCUAUAAUCAGAUUGCUCAACUGCAGCUAUCUCCAAAGCUGCGGUUUUUAUUAUCAAAAGAAGACAUCAGUCUUAAAUUUUGAAUUUCGACGACACUUAUUUGAGCUCAGGGAGUUACUUGGGUCUGAUUGGUACCUAAAAGUCCCAGUCUCGACCACCUGAGGUAAAUGGCACCCUUCUGGAAAAUUCGUCCCUAGGACCAGGACUCCGGCAGGAAAAACAACAGGCUCUUGCUUCCCUAGCAUAGCCAAGAUAAUUUUACCAGGAUGAAACCAAAACUCAUAAUUAAAAUAUGCAAGAAAUAAAUUUUAGGUUGAGAGAUCAGAUAAUUCGAACGACGCCUUAUUUUAAUUAUCAAUUAUAACUGGAUCAACAAAAAAAUUUUAUCCAGACUAUGAAGCCGAUGACCCUAUCCCUGCUUACCUAAGAGGUUUCUAUUUUAAUGGGGAAUCUUCAAUUUUAAGGAUGCCAGAGUACUCAACCUAUGUAUCGCCAAAACUGGUUAUAGCCCCUACCUUCACUAUUUCUAUAUGGCUUAACACUGAAACAUCUUAUUCUACUAUAAUUUCAAAGCACGAUGUUUCUGACAAUUACUCAAAGCUUUACUAUAUUUCUUUAAUAGCAGGCAAGCCAGCAUUUUCUCUUUUAAUAAACUCAGCUGCGUUUUUUUAUAUGUCGCAAGCAUCACUUACUCAAGUAAGUAUAAAAUUAACUCCCAUUAAAGGUUAAUUUUCUCUAAAAAAUUUAUUAAAAAUCCUAAAUAGAAAUUAAAAUUUAAUUUGACCUAUAAUAUUUUUUUAUAAUAUAAUUUGUUGGAGAUUUAUUUAAUGAUAUCGAAUAUAUAUUAAAAUAUUACUCAAAACUUUUUAUGUUAAAUAAAUUUUUGAUUCUGAAAUGGAGUAUUUUUUAAAAAAAAUAGAAAUUAUUGCAUGCUUUGUUCGCUCACGAAGGAAAGGGCUAGUAAUAAUGAAUGGAGCCAUAUUGUAUUUACUUUGAAAAUGAACAGUAGCUCUAAUAUAAUUUCAAGCUAUGUAAAUGGGUUAUUUGACUCUUCUACGACGACAGGAUAUGGAACUUUUAAUGAUAUAGUUCCUCAUACCACAAUGACUAUAGGAGCUCAAAUUAGCUCUUCAGCAGUUUAUAAUUAUUAUCAAGGCUUUAUUUAUACUAUUCAGAUUUUUAAUGCACUAAAACCUAUAUCAAGCCUAUCAACUACAUCUUGUACUGAAAGCUGCAGUGUUUGUCCUAUCAGCCAAGUAUGCAUACCUAACUGCAAAAUAAAAGAAUAUUGAAGCGGCCCAGCCUAUAACAAAUGCUAUACCUGUAAUAUUAAAUGUACAAAAAGUUGCAGAGACUGACGAGAUACUUGUUCGCUUUGCGAUAAUUUAUUAUGUGAAUCCUGUAGUGAUUAUUCAAGCUGUGAAGCUUGUAAAGAACACGCUAUUAACCCUGAUUCAUGUGCCUGUGAUGAUAAAUAUGUGCUCGAUGACACCCAAAGUAAUACAUGUAUUCCAAUUAAAUCUGGCGGAUUCAAAGGGGAGGAUGGACACUAUCAUAAAUGUCCAAAUUUAUGCUCAUCUUGUGAGUCUCUUACAAAAUGCACAGCUUGUUCAAGUAAUGCCAGCCUUAAAAAUGAUCUAUGCUAUUGCCACUUAGGCUACAAUGGAACAUCGAAUUGUAUAGUAGCCUAUUUUUCAGCAAAAAUUACAGUUUUGGCUGAUAACUCUUUAUAUCUGACUUUUUCUGAAAGUCUAGCAAAAAAUCUCACUGAUUCAGAUUUUAUUAUAAGAAUUGAAAAUCAAGGAGAAAUUUCAUAUAAAUUAGAAAAAAAGAAUAGUACCUGCUAUUACAUUUCUUUAGCAAUAUCUAAAAAAAUUUCCAAAGGUACUUUAGUUAUUAUUGAGUUCUUAGAUCUAUCAAAAGUGAUCUCGGUAUCAAAUGGCAUCUUAAAAUCAUCAGAGAUAUCAUCAAGCUUAAAUUCAUAUGACCCAGCAUCAUAUUCACCAGUUACAGAUUCAGUUUCACAUCAAUCUCAAGCAGCAUCUCAAACAACUGUAUCUGUAAUAGCUUCUUUAUCAAUUAUAAAUUCAAGUCCAAGCUCUUUAUGAAGCCUGAUGAACACUUUGCAAAUUCUGAGCUACAUGACUUUAUCAGGGAUCCCUUUUUCAAGCAAAAUGAGGUCAUUUUUGAAUAAUUUGAAUUCUUUUAAUUUAUUCCCUAACGUUUUCCCAUACUUUAUAGAUAAAAACAAAGGAAAUACUCCAUACUCUCAAGCUGAAGAAUUUGGAUUUGAUACUAAUCUAAUCCUAAUAAAUCAAGGAAAUGAUUUUACAUUGCUUUUAGGCUCAAUUGCAGCUCUACCUUUAAUUUUAUAUUUUUCACGAUGCACUAAUAGAUGGAUAGGCAAUAAAUUUACAAAAAGAUUGAAAGAUUAUCAAUAUGCCUUUUAUUUAAGGUUUUGGAUCCAAUGCUAUCUUGAGUUAGGAGCAGCUGCAUUAAUCGGACUUACAAUUAUUGAAUUUAGUAAUAUUACACAAAUUGCAAAUGUGGCUGAAAACCUUUUCUCAGGAUAUUUUCUCUCAGCUAUAUAAUAAUCGUCAUUUUGUCAAAAACAAUAAAGUAUCAAGCAAUUUAUUAUAGCCUGAGCACCUUUGUGGCUCUUUGACUUCCAGAUUUUUUUCUGGGAGUUAGUCUAAUCGCUUAAUGAUAGUUUAGAAGCUCUUCAAAUGAUAAAAUAUCUUCAAUUUUGGUUUUUUUAUUUUGGUUAGCUGGUUAAACCAAUAUCAUUUGGUUAAUCAACUCUUAACUUACUCAUCAGGAGAGAUAAAGGUGUUUGGGCUAUAUAAGAAAAAAUUUGAUCUCAGCUCAGAAAAACAGAUAUAGGAAAAAAUACCAAUAAAAAAAAUGCUAUAGCAAAUUUUGCUUUGUGCUUAGCUAUUUGCCUAUUACUACUAGCUACUCCAAGUGUAUAUUUUUUGUUGUCUUAUAAAAAUAAAUUCCGCAUUGAAGCCCGUGAGAAAGCAUUUUUUGCCUCGUUUAGCACUUUUUUUUAUGAGUUUCGAACAGAUAAAGGAUUUGUAUCAACCCAAUACUAUUUUCUAUUUUUUGCUAGAAGGCUAGUUUAUAUAAUAAACUCGGUUUGCUUGAGAGAUUAUCCACAGACCGAAGUGACUGUGAAUAUUGUUCUUUCCUUUUUAACUAUGAUGUACUUAGCUUUGUGCUGGCCCUUUAAAAAUCAAAUUUUACAAGUGACCAAUUUAAUUACUGAAAUAUUGAUUUUCUUAAUAAUGAGCGCUACAACGGCUUAUUUAUUUAAUUUUGGGCAAGAAGCUAUAGAAGGGAUCGAGGAUUCUAUUAUCAUAAUUGUUAUAGCUAUUAUAGCAAUUCAAACAAUUUCUUCAAUAAUUAUUUUUUCUAAAACUUUAUACCAAACUAUAAAAAGAAAGUUUGUGAAGCCAGGAAUUGUCAAAAAAAUCAAUAAUCCGCAAUAUAUGCUUUGGGUGCUCUUUUGAAUUGAGAUAAAGCAUAUUAUUUGUCAAAGUCAACAACUUGAAUUAGUUUGCUAGAAAGAGAGCUUUUAUAUUUUAAGUAAAUAUUAAAAGCAAUGCAUAAGGUAUAUACUCUUUUAAAAGAGCCCAGCAAUCUUUAUAGAGAGGCUCAGUCAAUUUUUUGGCCUCUUUAGCAAACUGUAAAGACAAGCAUUGGUCCUAGAGAUUAGGGUGAUAACCAUUAAGUGAGUAUUAUAAAAAAAAAUUUUAGAUAUCUUCUUGAUUAAACUCAUAAUUGCCAUGAAUGUAAGUCAAUCCAAUUUACUUAAAGAUGCUGAGCUCUUUAAACAAGUAUAAUCAAGUUAGAAAAAUUGAAUUAUAA